AUGCCAACAUGAGGUCACUUAGGUUUACAAGAUAGAGCUUCUCCCCUUAUAGAACAAUUAAUUUUCUUUCAUGACCACGCCAUAGUAGUAUUAAUCUUAAUUACAACAUUAGUUGGUUACAUACUUUCAACAUUAUUUUUCAAUACUUUUACAAAUCGAUUCUUACUAGAAGGACAAACCAUCGAAAUUGUAUGAACUGUUCUUCCUGCUCUAAUCCUAGUCUUUAUCGCCCUUCCUUCUUUACGAUUAUUAUAUUUACUAGAUGAAGUUAAUAACCCAAGUGUCACAUUAAAAACUAUCGGUCACCAAUGAUACUGAAGAUAUGAAUACUCAGACUUUUUACAGGUUGAAUUUGAUUCUUAUAUAAUUCCUUCAAAUGAACUUGCCGAAGACGGAUUUCGACUUCUCGAUGUAGAUAAUCGAACUGUUCUCCCUAUAAAUACGCAAAUUCGGGUAUUAAUUAGAGCUGCUGAUGUAAUUCAUUCAUGAACAGUACCAGCUUUAGGGGUUAAAGCAGACGCAAUCCCCGGCCGACUUAAUCAAGUUAGUUUCUUAAUAAACCGUCCCGGUUUAUUUUAUGGACAGUGCUCAGAAAUCUGUGGUGCUAACCACAGAUUUAUACCUAUUGUUGUUGAAAGAGUAUCAGUUAAUUCCUUCUUAAACUGAAUCUCAUCCGCUAGAGAUGCCU